CAGUGCGCAGACACACUGGCCGAGUACUCUACUGCGCACGAGUGAGUGGCGAACGGCAUUCGACGAGUAUAACCUAAACCGGUGGUCAUCAGCUCCCCAAAAAACGUUUUCUAAUUAAUUUCUAAUUAAUAAAGCGUUGACGCAAUACCGGAAAAGUUCAGAAGAUAAUGAUUCCAUAAAUUCACAUCCAUCGUUAAGGGAAAUUAUCAUCACACUUCAUCAUGAUUCAAGGGUACAAAACCCUCUGCAGCACGGUGUCGCGCCUGCCGCCAGCCCUUCCCUCGCGUUUCGCCUCGACCCUCACAAAAACCGAAGCGAAAAAGCACCGAAAUGCCCUCUUCGACAGCGAGAAGAAUCGCCAAACGUCGUCAGUAGGUAGAAUCGAGAAGAUCAAGGUGGUCUACCAGAGCCCAGAGGACGAGAUAACCCUUCUCAUGAACAAGGACAUGUCCACCCCCACUGACUGCGCAAUGCACAUCUCCGAGGGUGUCACCAAGACCUCAGCCCUAGCCUCAGUGGACGGCGUCCCCUGGGACAUGCACAGGCCCUUCGUAAGCGACUGUGAGCUCAAGCUCUUCAGCAUGAGAAACCCCAACGACAGAUCAGUGAACAAUGCAUUCUGGAGGACGUGCUCACUGAUGCUGGGGGCAGUUGUUGAUUCGGCCUUCAAGGACGACAUCCCCUGCCACCUGCACAGCUUCACAGGUCCAAAUAUUAAGUCCGGAAGUUUUGUUUACGACGUUCACCUGGAGUUGCCUGAUUGGACCCCAACGGAGGCGGAAAUGCGAUCGUUGUCCAGCCUCUUCACGAAACUCAUUCGUCAGGAACUUCCAAUCGAGCGUCUGGAGAUCACUGAGGACAUGGCCCUGGAGAUGUUCCAGGAGAAUCCCUUCAAGUCCAAGCAGAUACCGAACAUCGCACUGAACAAUGAGGGGAAAAUUGUGGUUUACAGAGUUGGUGAUCACAUCGACAUCAGCAAGGGACCUAUGGUGGGCAACACCAGGAUCGUCGGCAGGAGCACUAUAGGCGCCAUUCAUCGUAUUCAGAAUGACGCGGGGGAGGCACUCCACAGGUUCCAGGGAGUCGCCCUGCCCAGUGGAAUAAUUGUUAAUCAUUUUGUCUAUGGAAUCAUGGAGGAGAGGGCCAAGAAGCUCAAUCAGACUUUCUGGAUGCCGCAGAGAUUGGAGCAGGAGGAAUCAGUUGCUGUUGCUGCUAAGAAUUGAGGUGAUGGGUGUGGCGAUUAUGAUUAUAAUUAUGUAAAUAAAUUCAGUUGAAAAUGA